CCAAACUUCGCAUCGACCCAUCCAUCUAAUUACGAAGGUUCCACUAAUCGCUUUCUAAGCAAUCUUCCCUUUCGUUUUGCGUUCCCUUCGUUAUCGUUUCCAGAAGCAUUCCAAUGGCACCAAAGGCGGAGAAGAAACCUGCGGAGAAGAAACCAACCUCUGAUAAGGCUGCAGAGGAGAAGAAAUCUGUGGCCGAGAAAGCUCCUGCGGAGAAGAAGCCCAAGGCAGAGAAGAGGUUGCCGAAGGAAGGCGGUGUUGGUGAUAAGAAGAAGAAGAAGAUGAAGAAGGGAAACGAGACAUACAAGAUCUACAUUUUCAAGGUGCUUAAACAAGUUCAUCCUGACAUUGGGAUUUCUAGCAAGGCCAUGGGUAUUAUGAACAGCUUCAUCAACGAUAUCUUCGAGAAGCUUGCACAGGAGGCUUCGAGACUCGCUCGGUACAACAAGAAACCUACUAUUACUUCUCGGGAGAUUCAGACCUCUGUCCGUCUUGUUCUCCCCGGAGAAUUGGCCAAGCACGCCGUCUCCGAGGGUACCAAGGCUGUUACCAAAUUUACUAGUUCUUGAAUGGUGGUAGUUUGUCCAGGUUUAGAGUCAGGUUAUCUGAAAAAUUGUUAGGGUUGGUCCCCUUCCUCUCCAUACUUUCGUGACUUGAUGUUAUUUUCUGAUGUAAUAUAGUGAUCUUCUCUGUUUUUUUUUUGGAAAUGAUAACAUCAACAUAAGAAUUCAUUGGUCUUA